AUGGCGUCGCAUAGAGGUAUGGUUAGGGUGAUCCCGCGUACUUCGGUCAGGUUUUUCAAAACCUUGACGGAGCCCUACUCUCCAACGAUCUCGACAGACCUGUACACUCAGGAGAAGGAGCCCCGGUUUAUUUCUCUGUUCCAGAACGAUUCGCGCCUGAAAACGAUAACAGAGGAGGAGGCUAAGCUGUCGCCCUCUUUAAUUGCCCUGCACGCAAGAUUGAAUCUGGGCCAAGACUUUCCACUGGCUACUCUGGCCAGAGCCCUCACCUGCGAUACGAAAGAUGGCCAGCACGCAUCCAACAGCAGUCUCUCCCAGGUAGGAAAGAGGCUGGUGAAGUACCAUGUCACAGAAAAUAUGAUAACGAAAUAUCCAAGACUACCCAUUGCUGUGUUCUCGAAAGCCGUGAACGCGUACGUCGGUACCGAGUCUCUGAGCAGUGUUGGUAGGUUGUUUGGUAUUGAGGUGGAGUCGAAGAGUCCCAUAGACAAGUAUCUUUCUGGCGAAACGUUAGAGACCUCUUUCGGUAAGCUGAGAUUUGACAGCGCCAUUUCGAAGCCAGAAAGUGGGGUGAAACAUUACGGCAAAGAAGGCAUAACCGAGGACGUUGCCUACAAAUUUGCAGUCAGGUCCAUUAUCGGAGGUGUGUACCUUCACAAGGGAGAAUCUGCCGCCAAAAAGUUCAUAGAUGAAUACAUUCUGUCGCGCAAGGUUGAUGUGGAGAGCAUGCUGAAGUUUGAGCAGCCCCAAAGAAUGUUGCUCAGACUGUUGAGAAGGAACAACCUUCCUGCUCCCGUCUCCAAAUUGAUGGCAGAAACCGGAAGACACUCUGUGGCCCCCGUUUACGUGGUUGGUGUUUUCAGUGGAGAUUCUCUGCUGGGUGAAGGCCAGGGCUCUUCGAUCAGAGAGGCCACCAUGAGAGGUGCCGUGAACGCUUUGAAAGCCCACUAUCUUUACAGGCCAUUGAACGAGAGAGUGCCCAGCGAUCCAGAGAGAAAGGAGCCAUUGUAUGUGGACGAGGGUGAGGUUUACUUUUAG